CAGCUACACAACUAACCACCAACCCACCAAUCUAUCUACCCACCUAUCUCCCAACCACACACACACACCACCCACCAAACCCAGACAAAAUGAACGCCGCCACCCUCGGCGACGCCGCCCUCAGCGCAUCCUCCUACCCCACGGCAGUCCUGCACUUCACCACCGCCCUAAUCGCCCACCCCCGCUCCCCGGCCUACUACACAAAACGCAGCACGGCAUUCUCGCGCCUCAAGCCCCCAAACUACGAUGCCGCGCUGCGCGACGCCGAUGUUGCCGUCCUGCUGGCCCUGGAGCGCGGGAAGCGCGAGCUCGUCCUGGCCGCGCAGAUGAGACGCGGCAUUGCGCUGUUCCAGCUGGGACGGUGGGGCGAUGCAGCGUUUGUGUUUGGGUCGGUCGAGGCGAAGGUGAAGGAUGAGAAGGAGGAAGUGAAGGAGGUCAAGAAGGAACAGGAGGGCAAGAAGGUUGUCGAGAAGGUCCGCCAUGAGUGGUAUCAGUCUGGCGAGUCUGUCGUGGUUACGCUGUAUGUGAAGGGCGUGGCUAAGGAUAAGGUCUCCGUCAUGUCCACCAAGGUCGAGAUCGUCCUGCGCAAGCACUCCACCGGCCAGAAAUGGAGCGCCCUUGAGACCCUCCCCACCGAUAUCAAAGUCUCUGAUCGCCAAUCUGCCCUCGGUGCAACUCCCCCCGCCACCACCACUGCAGCUACAGCUGCGCCCACAGGCCCCGCAUACCCAACCUCGUCGCGCCACGGCGUGAAAGACUGGGACAAGCUCGCCUCCGACCUGACGGCGAAGAAGAAGAAAUCCGAGUCGAAAGACAAGAAAAAGGAUGGUGGUGAGGAGGGUGAAGAUGAUGAUGAUGAUGGCAACGUAUCCGAUCACGACGGCGCGGACCCCGUCGACUCCUUCUUCAAGAAACUCUAUGCUGACGCUGACCCGGAUACUCGCCGCGCUAUGAUCAAGAGCUAUACCGAGAGCCAGGGUACUUCGCUCAGCACGAACUGGGAUGAGGUUGGUCAGGGCCCGGUUAAGGUUCAACCGCCGAGCAAGUUGUGUUGUUUGUUACUCUGAGUCGAUGCUUCGUCCUCCCUCGUAGUGGCUGGCCUAAGCGGGUGUUUGCUGGAUUCAUGAAACAUGGGUCUUUCUUUAUGAGAGUAGGUAGGUGGUACUCAAUCCAAUAGAGGGUACGAAUACCAAUCAAUACUAUGGAAAACAAAAUAGAAAUUGAUUGAUAUUGAUCUUGAUCUUGAUCUUGAUGAUGAAUGAGGAGGGCAGACUUGUUUAUCUAUCUA